GCGGAUUAUAGAGGUUUGGGGAAAGCCUCGGGUAGAUCGCAUGUGUAUUGGGGUGAAGAGUGACUUAGAUUAGGGUCCAAAAGAUGAUAGAUAAACAGACUCACAGUAAACGACGACUGUACUGGGCCCCUUAUUCCCGUUAUCUUUAGAACAGUGUCAUUUCCUUGAGGGAUUACUUUGUUAAUUUAUGUUUCCGAGGUUUUUGAAAUAUGAAUGUUUCCACUGAUAGAGUUUUCUGAUAGAACAUAACAUCGACAUGCACUGGGAGAAAACCGCAGGAGAGAGAAGGUCGCCAAGAUCACCGCGCAUGCUUAAACGAAAGGCAAAAUCUGCCAGAGAAUUGUACCAUCCUGUCAUUAAAGACUUUAGUGAAGAAACCCGGAAACUUUGCCAGUAUCCUGAUGAAAACGAGGAUCCAUUCACAGUACCAGGUCCGGCUGCCAGUGAACCAGAUCUGUAUGUCAGGGCGCUUACAGAUCGAGAUGACACAACCGAAGACUCACCGGAAGUGACGAAAUUACAACCAGCUUUCUCUAUCAAUCAACGUAUACAGGCGACAGUGAUUGAAACAGAGUGUUACCGGAACCGAAUGCCCAAGUCAGCAUCUAACCGUCUGCGCCUGCUCAAUACAUUUAAACGUCCUAGAAGUGUGGACAGUUAUCUCGCACCCCCUCCUGAAUACGAUGUUCCUUUAGGCCAGAGUAUUCACAUCACAAACUUACCCAAUGUUCAUCAGUGCAAGCCUUACCGUAAAAGAAACGCACCGCUACAAAGUAAAACAACACAAGUGUAUGAAAAUGUUCACCGCCCACAAAUCCGGCACGUGGUACAAAGUGGAACAAUGCUUUCAGAUGGAAGUACGGGGAAAAUGAACUGUUUCCACGAGUAUCUUAUGAACAAACACCCGACCGUGAAACAACAAAUAGCCUCAUGGCUGACAGACGGAUUUAAAGUACAAAGUAUCAGACUGAGAAACAACAAGAAAGAAACAUUAUCACGACACAGACCCUCGGGGAAGUUGAGGACCAAUCUGACAGAAAGAAAACUCUUCAUUCACAGAGAUCUGUCUGAACAAGAGGCUCAGUAUGAGGAGAUUGAAAGCAAAAUUUUUGAACUAAAGAUUUCAUCCCUCCAGCCAGCAGGGUGAAUGUUUGAUAAUGUCUAUAUUUCUGUUUUACUUGUGGAAAACUAUUUAAAACUACGAACUUACCUUAAAGAGGCAUUGGCAUAAUCAAGAGGCGGCACCAAAAAUUGAACUCUAUGAAAAUUGUUCUAUAUCAUAUAUUUCAGUAAUAUAUUAUCACCUGUGUUUCAUUAUUAGAAACACUUCAAACUCAAAACAGGCACAUGAAAGAAGGUGUUGUACGUCUCAUGUUAAUUUCCCUAAAGGUGUUGCAUGAAAAAUCGAAAAAAUUAAGUUAUUCAAAUAUAUGAUAAAACCAAUUGGAACGUAUCUCUUGAUUCAAUAAUUUUUGUAUUGACAAAAUUAGCCAAAAUAUUUCGACUUUAAAUCAAGCAGUAAGUGAUUUAUAUGAUUUUUAGCGUUAAAAUGGAGGGGUAUCCCCGAAUUUCAGAAAAAGUGCCACUGUGAAACAAAAUAAAUUUAACAUGAACAUGUUCUUCGAGUUUUCCUCUAAAAAACUGUCGCUUUGUAAUUUUGUUUCACGAGGGCAUUUUUUUGUAAAUUUAAAAAAAUCAAAACGACUUCACUGGCAUUAUUUUCAACUUCACCUGUACGUUAAUUUUCCUAAGUAAUGUAUGGUCUACUGCGUGGUCCAGUGGGUAAGGUCGUACACUAUAUAAAAGAGAGAAAAAAAGGUCGUCGACUAUUAUAUGUAAAGAUGUUUUCUAUUUUUAAAACGACCGAGUUCGACUCCCUCACGAACACAUUUUUUUUUCUUCAUAUUACGUUUUCCAUCCAGAUUUUUUUUUCUUAAUUGAAAUUUUUUAAAUAUGUUUCAUGUCAAAUCUCUUUAUUACCAUGUGCCGAGUUUGAAAUAAGCUUCGAACCUGGACACUGUUUAGUUUGUGAAUAGGACUCUCAACAAACACGCCGAAUACAGCAUGCAAUACCUGUGUUUUAAUAGUCAAGGUUGCUAACGAGAACUUGUAUGUUUUUCUGAAUGAAAGUUGUUGACAAAGGCAUGGUGCCUUUUACGAAAAACCGUUGUGAACUGUGCAAAGCUUCGGAAGAAAAACUUUAUGACCAAACAAGGUAAAUAACCGUUAAACAGUUUGAGUUUAUAUGUAUUCCAGUAGCAAAUUGCUAUAUUGAAUCAAUUUUUACAGGUGCAUGUACUUCGAAUAAUGUUGAACUUUAUUAAUGCGUAUUAAAUCCCCAUAUUUUGUUUUGUGGUCAGUCAUGUACAGUUGCCAAUUGUUGGUUGUAGAAAGUAAUACAUACGAGUAUAAGAGCUUUUAGACUGUAGUAGUAUAGAAUAUUAAAUAUGUGAUACACUCGUAACAUGUAACCGUAUACAUUGUAUCUGAUAUUCAGAAAAAAGAAGACAAUUUAAUUUUCACGAUUUCAAAAAUGAUCUUCAGACUACAUGUAUAAUGAAUUGACACAUAAAAUGUGUUAGGAUUGUUCUUAGUACUGGGGAAUCCUUCAGGAAUUUAAAUGGCAAAUACGCAAUGAGUAUAAAUAUGAAUGAAAGUCAGUUCUACGUCACGAGUGUUGGCACAGAGCUCCGAUUAGGGAAAAUUCCCGCUUCGGUGCAACACCCUCUUUGUGAUAUUGGUCAUUAAAUAAUUAUUGUCUUGCAAGACAAUAAUUCUUUCUUAAAUAUUUUUAACAACUAAAAGCGGCUACCUAACGUAGUUUUAUUAGGUUUCUCUUGUUUUUGUACAAAAUAGAUGUUUUAUUAGUCAUUAAUAUAUAUUCCUAUGCCACUGAGAGAUUUUUAGAAAUAAUGGUUGUCAUCAUUUUCACAUGCAUCGACGCACAUACGCAAGGGAGAGAAGCGUACGUUUCAGUCGAGGCUAAAUUGCGACGAUGUCAAUCUCACAGCUAAUGUCCCUUUAAACAAGAGUAAAAGAGUAUCUUUAGUUAAGUGCAAAAUGACGAAGAAAAUCAUUAUUUUGAAUUUUCUUACGCUUUCGGCAAGUAAAAAUAAAACUCAUUUUCAAUAAAUGAGCAAAGAACAAAUAUUAGAUAUAUUUUUAAGAGUGAUGGGGGGUGAGGUUUGUGAAGCUCUCUUCUCUUCACGUUUUCGAUCAGAGCCUCAGCAUCACUUGUAUUUUAAGACAGCUAUACGAUGAAUUCUGUUAAUCCUGGAAAACAAUAUCAAGUCAAAUAAAAUUUUACUUACCGAAAUUUGCUUAUUUUACGUUUGAAAAGUAACAUAGAAGCAUCUACUCGGCGGUUACGUCUCUGACGUCACCAUUUUAAAAAAACGUUGAAAACAUGAACACGACCAAUUAAAAUAGAAUGCAUGAGGUUAUAUAUUUACAUGAUUUAGGACAUCGACUGAAUAUAGCUUUGAUUUUUAGUGUUAUAUUUAUUGGGUUCGUAAAGAGGGUGGUUUCUGAUAAAUGACAAACAAUUAAAUUUUGUUUUCAUGAAGAAGAAAAAACCCACCAACCAACCAAUAUCCACAACAAAUAGUAAACACAUUAUUUGACUUAGUAGCAGUGGGCCAUUGAAAUUCAUGUAUAUUUCGACCAUUAGUAAACUUUGAUUUCACCAGUACAAGUGACCAGCGGAAAUGAAAUUUCUUUUCUAGUCCCGAUGUAAUAUACGCUGUUAGGUAUAUAUAUUAUUUCAUACCUUUCAAUUUAGACAAAAUGCUGUUUACAUUCAGUAAUGCAUUAGUUCUGUUUUCAGAGUAACCCAUUGACUAUUGUCAAAUUUAGUUAAUUAAUAAAUUGCAUGAUCAAAA